AUGCUACUAAAAAUUGAAGCCGAAGUUAAACUUGAUUCUGAUCCUUGUGUUCUCGCUUGGGACAACCAAUUGUUAGUUGGUACUGAAGAUGGAUGCAUAAAGUCAUUUGACGGUAAAUUGUCUCCAAAAGAAUCAUGGCAAGCGCAUGGGGUUCAGUUGUUUGCCCUGGCUACGGGAAACAAUUACCUAUACUCAUCAUCCAACGAUGGAGGCAUCAGGGUUUGGACUCUUACCGGUCAGAAGGUCACUGAAUUACCUUUUGCUGGGGCUGAUAUUGGUACUGUACAGGUUUUUGGCUCUCAUGUAUAUGGUGGAGAUGAAAGUGGCAAUAUAACAAUAUAUGAAAACAAUGAGAUAAAGGCUUCAUACAAUGUAUUAGAAGAGGUAAAGGAUCUUUGGUAUGAUCCACCGUAUUUGUUUACGACACGUGAUGCAUACGUAACAGUCACUGAAAUUAAGCCAGAGGAUUCAAAAACACGCUUUAUGACUCGCCACACCAUGGAGGGUCGUGCACCAUUGAGAGGGACGGAAUGUAGACUAGUCUUCGUGUCUAGAAGUGGAUUUAGUUUAUGUCUGCAUGACUCUUCUAUUAAUACAGUUUUUGAAAAGUUACACGAAGUAAAGGUAAGCGACAUGAUUGUGACAUCUUUAGCAGUGAGCGGCAACAACGUCUGGUCAGGCGGUUGGGACGGUAUUGUUCGCAAGUGGAAAAUAGCCGGCAGUAAAUUAGAAGCAGCUGGAGAAAUAAAUUUGGGUGGUUGUAUCAAUUCACUAGCAUCUGCGAAUGAUAGGGUUUAUGCGGCUGUAGCAGGCGGAAAACUGGUUUGUGUAUCUUAG